AGUACAUUAUAAAAAUAUUUACUUAUUACACUUUAAUUAUCAUAAUUUAAUAAGGUUAAAUGCAUCUUAAUUAAUAUGUCAUUUGUUAUCUACUAAUUGUGAUAAAGUAGCAAAGAACCCAAUAUGAGUAGAUGCGAUUUCAAGAUAGUGCUUUUAGGCAGUGAACAUGUAGGGAAAACAAGCUUAGUUAUAAGAUUUGUUAAUUGUAAUUUUAAUUCUAGUACACCCUAUCAGAAUACCAUAGGUGCAGCAUUUUGUGCAAAAUCAAUGCAUGUAAAUGGAAAAGAUUUUAAUGUAGGAAUAUGGGAUACGGCUGGCAGUGAAAGAUAUGAAGCCAUGACAAGAAUGUACUAUAGAGGUGCCCAUGCAGCUAUAAUAUGCUAUGAACCUUCAUCGCUGGAAUCUUGGACAAGGCUACGACAUUGGCUGCAAGAACUACGAACUGUAGAAGAAGACUGUAAGGUGUACUUAUGUGGUACAAAGAAGGACCUUCUGGACAUGGGUGCAGUGGAGCGGCAGGUUCCCGAGGACAUUGUGGCCACAUACUCUCAGGGCCUUAGCGGUCAUUUCCUCACAUCCAGCAAGACUGGCGAGAAUGUAGAAGAAUUCUUCACAAAAAUUGUAGAAGAUUGUGCAGCUGAUAAUAGAAUGAUGAAGAUGGUGGAAGAAGCUAGAGUCAAGUUACAGAAAGAGGAAGCAGCUUAUAAGAAUAAAAACAAAGAUUACUGCUUCUGCUAAAAUCUGAUAUUUUAGCCAAUAACGGCCUGAGCGAAAUUGUAUUGGCUUUAGAAAGUGACAAAAUAUUGUUUACUAGAUGACGCUGGAACUCCGUUGUACCAAAAGUAGUUUAUAUGGUGCGGGAACCGUACAUUUUUCUUGGAUAAAAAGUAUCUUAUGUCCUUUCCCGGGACUCUAAGUAUCUCCGUACCCAGCAUUUUCGUUUUAACUUUCUUGUGUGUAAGACAAGGACAACUGCAUCCGUGCAUUCUACCUGUCUCUUUCUAGAAUUUCAAUGUGUAUUGCUUAGCUCUGUUUCAAUUUAUUUUGUGAUAAGAAUGCAAGCAAACUUCACCGAACUAAAGCAACAUUGCAAUCCACACAGUAAAUGCGUGGAUAAUAUAAUGACAAUUCAUUAUAAUAUCCACGCAUUGGUAGGCGGUAGCAUUGUAUUCACCUAUACAUAUUUAUAUUGAGAUCAAAAUUUUCGAGGCAAUUAUAGACUGCUAUUUAUCUGUGAUCCAUUCCAAUGUAACAUACCAAAACAAAACUUGCCUCUCAGGCUGGAUUUAUAUCCGUCCGCGCGAUUGAGACUACAAGCAAUAGUAUGUAACGAUUUAUUUAAAUAGCGGCGCGGUGGAGCUGUCACUUAAGGGGCCCAUUCACGAUAGGCCGCCUUGCCGUGCGCCGGCUUAUGCAGGAUAGUGAAUGGUGUCGGCAACGACACUAUUCACUAUCCUGUAUAGCCAGCGGACGGCAAGGCGGCCUGCCGUGAAUGGGCCCCUUUAAAUACAUUUGCUUUUGUGAUCUCGCUGUGUAGCCACCAAACCGCGCGUUCGGGCGGACGCAUAUGAAUCAAGUCUUAAGGCCCCACUCAUUAACAAGUCGCCGGCGCGGCAGGCCGUCGCCUGUUGAUCGGAAAAGACCACAGACUCACAGGUCCCUGACGAUUUUGUAUCGACGGUCAAUGACUGUCAGGCAGCCUGCCGACCAGAGCCUGCAGGGGGACUGUUAAUAUGUGGGACCUUUUACAUAAUAAUAUAAGGUAAUCAUACUAAUAUUUAGAC